UAGAAAUAUUUUGUCAAAUACCAAAGUGCCUUUUAUUCCUCACACUCUUUCAACACCAAGGAACCCUUCUUGGGUAUCACGUUACUCUUCGAUUCCUCACCAGCGACCUAAAUAUUUACUUAAUGAAUUCGACGAAACCGAGUGAAUUUAUUGAUAACCGUAGUGCCGCUUUAUUCGAAAGAUUGGCUUCGAGGCUGUCUUUUUCUUCUUAUUAUUUUUUGUACUUCCAUUUUACCUCCCAAGACACCUGUGUAUUUUCUUUUUUAUUAAUUCAGAGUGAACUCUAGAAAAUAAGGGAAUUGUCUAAUCUCAGUUCCAGCAGGCUGGCUUCAACGGUAAAUUAUUCAUCGUAGUAACUGGUUUUAAGAUAAUUCCCCCAAAAUAUUGUGCCACUAUGGCCAUUCAUCGUUUCUUAAAACCGUCCUAGUAAUUUAAUACUCAAACAUUUUGCUAAUAAUGAUAGCUGUAUAACAACAAACUGUGAUCAUUUUGCACCUGAGCUGCAAGAAAAAAAGCUUAAAUAAUUAUCAGGCUUCGAAGGGAUUCGAACCCGUACUUUCCAAUUACUAGUCAUGCAUUACUAUCAUCUGAGCUACGAAGGCACACUUAGAUAACAGUGCACAUUUCAGAGGGUCCCUCUUUCCCGUGGAUCACGUAGGAACCUGAUAAAAUUUUUAACGAAGGAUUUUAAGUCCUUAUGUACUCUCCCCGAGCUCCUUAUAAAUAGAUUAAGAGACACAGCGUAUCGCAGUUCAAGCCUGAUUCUUCUAAACUCGCUUUUCCAGGUUUACCUUACCUUCCACAGGAUCAGUAUUAAUGGAUAAAAUGGCCAAAAACAAACCGUCAAGUCUAUCUGACAGGGAGGAGAGAGAACGUUUAAGAACGGACCCUGACUUAAAGUAUUUCGUUGACGAGAUCAACCUUUUGACUGAAGAUGAAAAGCAGCAAGAUAUGAGAGAUUUAACAGAGCUUCAAAAGAAAACAGAGGAGAUGAUUUCCAACGCAAAAGAGAUCAUUAGGAGCCUCCGUACAGUGGCUAAGAAACUAGACGGCGUGUGGAGGGACUGCAAGAUAUCUCAUGCUGUUGGAAUCGGCGUUGGAAUAGUGGGAGGCCUCCUUUCAAUCGGUGGAGGAAUUGCAACAUUGAUGACAGCGGGGGCUGCUUCUCCCUUGUUGAUAGCAGGAUUGUCUCUUGGAGGCGCUGGAUUAGCUACAAAGUUAGGGACAGCCGCCGUCAACUCUUUUAUAAACUCAGAUGAAAUGAAAAAGGCCGAAGAAAAAUUGGCUGAGACUGUGGACAGUAUUGACGAGGUAAACAGGACUGUCCAAAAGAUUUUGAUCACCAAAGAAAGAGUAAGACUUAUCUACAUUUAUUUCCUUGCCAAAACCCUAAAGUUGGGAGGUCCUGUGUUCUUGAAGAUCCUUCGUGAGCUGGUGUUUCUCUCCGGAGGGACACCUACCAAAAUGGUAAUACAAGUAGCAGAAAAGGUAAUAGCCUGUGCACAGGCAGCGAGUCAGGCUGGUGCGAAAGCUGCAACCCAGGCUGGUGCUCAAGGAGCGGGAAAGGCAGUUUUGCAAUCUGUUGACGAUGUGUUACGAGCAACGGGUCAGACUGGAGCACAAGCUGCUGAUGACGUAGUCCAAGCAGGGGCUAAAGCGGGCUCUAAGGUAGUUGGUAAAGUUGUCGGUAAAGUCAUCAUUGGAGUCAAUGUUGUAUUCGUAGUGUGGGAUACCAUAGAACUUGGCUUCACCAUUAGGGAUCUCGUUGAAAACAAGGGAUCUGAAGCUGCAAAAGUUCUGAGACAAAAGGCAGAAAAACUUGAGAAUGCCAUGAAGCAAUAAAUAUCGGCAAAAGGGAAGAGUUCGAAAUGAUUUCAAAGAUAAAGACAACAUCGAUCUGCGUUGGCGUGAACAUUUUUCAUCGUGCGCCUAGUUGCAUUUGGCCAUUUUAUAUGAGGAAGUUACAUCUUAGGACUGCAUUAAUGGCGUUUAAAAAGUUUUCUUUUUUAUCUGGCCUCUUUAGAUUUUCAGAGAGAUAAGAAAAGGAUGUUUAAUGUUGAUGUAUACAGUGAAAAGGAGUGUAAUAAAAUAAUUACAUAUUUUAAAGU